AUGGAACUAAAGUUCCCUGGAAAAAUGUCGGUUUUGGAUAACGGUGGCCCUACAAAGGAGUUUGCGGUGGAGAAAGGAUUAAGGCAAGGGGAUCCUCUAUCUCUUUUUCUUUUUGUUAUUGUGGCGGAGGCUUUAAAGGGGUUGGUGAGUAAAGCGGUGGAAAAUGGGGAUUAUGUUGGUUUCACGGAGAGGGAUGUUGGAGGAAGUUUGGAUUAUCAAGGCUAUCUUAAGAGCUUUCGAAAUGGUGUCAGGAGGGAGGAAAAUCAUUUCACUUUUCUUGGCAUUCCUAUUGGGAUUAAUCCUCGAUGCCCCUUUAAAAGUUGUGAAGGAGAUUACGAGGUUGCAAAGUGGAGGAUUCUUGGAGGGUCGGAAACUCUUUGGUACAAAGUGUUGAAAGCUCGGUAUGGUGACAUUAAUCUCCAUGUUAUUUCUUACGGUGGGAAUAGUAAAGGGGCUUCCAAUUCCUUGUGGUGGAAAGAUAUUAUGUCCUUGGAGAAAGUUUACAAGGUAGAUGUUUUUGCUAAUAAUUGUUCUUUUAAUAUUGUAUGUAGCGGUCGCGGGGAUGGGUGGUUGGAUGAUGGAUUUUGGGAGUGGGGGGAUUUCGGUGUAGCGGAGGCUAGUAUAUUGGCGGAUGUUUUGGUUGCGGUUCAACAUCUUAGAUCCUUCGUAGGAUCGGUCCAGCCGGUAACUGUGGGUACGGAUGCGGUGGGGUGGGCGGCGAAAGCGGAUAGGAGGUUUUCCGUGAAAAGUUGUUACUCUAUUUUUAAUACUUUUCAUGUUCCUUUUGGUCCCGAUAUGGAGUUCUACAAUUCUUUUGGUUGUAUUUGGAAGUUGGAGGUGCCCCAAAAUAUUAAAGCUUUUGGUUGGAGGUGCUUUCUCAACCGUUUGCCAACAAAGGAUCUUCUUCUCCGUAGAGGUAUUUCUUUUGCUAACUCCUUUGCUUGUGUGUGUUGUGGGUUGGAGAGGGAAUCUUUGAACCAUCUUUUGCUUGAUUGUGGGGUAUCCGCUUUGAUUUGGAAGGAGAUAGCAAUAUGGUUAGGUUAUGUUGAUUUCUAUUAUGAAGGUUGUAUUAUGGGUAGCUUCAUGAAGUGGUAUGGUUUUUGUAAAUCUAAUAAGGUGAAAUCCGGUAAAGAAGGAACUAUCUGGUUGUCUAUAUGUUGA